UGAAUUAUGAAACUAAUCUAACUCCAUACUGCAGUCGCUAAGAUCAUCUCUGUGUAAUCCAGUAUGGAACCAAAACUGAAAGCUCUCCAGUGUCAUUUCACCUGGGGCAUAAAUAAGGCUGACAUUGAAGACCUGAAAGGUAUUUCGGAAAAACUCCUAGAUCGCAUAAAGUCAUGCCACGCUCGCUACCACCCCAUUUAUUUAAACAUCUUAGCAUUUGUGAGCCACCUAGAGGGAGACAGUGGUGUUGCGCUAGGAUUUCUUAAAAAGGCAGAGAAGGUGCUGAGAGAGAGGACGGAUGAUACUGAGCUGCUGGUAACCUAUGGUAACUCUGCCUGGGUUCACUACCACGCUGGGAACAAGGAUGAGGUGACGGUCUACCUUGAGAAGCUGGAAGAGCUUUACAAGGCCCAUCCCAAGGUCUCUAUGAACCCCUGUGAUCUUCCCAUCAUCCAUGGAGAGAAGGGCUGGAGCUUCUUGAGGCUAGGGGUCACCUUCUACCAGAGGGCCAGGGACAGCUUCCAGAAAGCCCUAGAGGGGAUGCCAGAUAGCGUGUCCUUCAAUGUGGGCUAUGCUGUGGUGCUGUACCGGUUGGAGGGCAUGGGGAGGCAGAGAGGAGCAGGGGGAAGAGAGGAGGCUGUGGAUGUGAUACAGCUGAGGAAGGCCUUAGUCCUGGAUCCUGACAAUGCGGAGGUGAUGGUCCUCUUGGCUCUGAAGCUGCAGAACCAAAGCACAGGCAGACAGGAGGCCACCAGGCUGGUAAAGCAGGCCCUUCGUCUGGCUCCAGACGUGCCCCAGGUCACCCGCUACGUGGCCAAGUUUCUCAGGUUGGACGGCUCCAUUAAAGAGUCCCUGGAGUUGCUGGGGAAAGCCUUGGAGCUCAGCCCUAACUCAUCCUUCCUGCACCACCAAGUAGGCCUCUGCCACAAGAAGCAGAUGAUCAAGAUGCAGGAGGAAGGGAGGGGGGCGCCAGGGAGAAGGCCUGUGGGAGGGGGGGUCCCUGUGGCUAAGAUGAAGGCUAUGGCAGCUGACUGCAUCCGUCACUUCUCCAGAGCCGUGGAGCUGAAGCCCUCCAACAACCACGCCCGGGUGAGUCUGGCUGAGGCCUACGCUGACCACGGACAAAUGGAGGAAGCCACCAAAAUCUUCAUGUCCCUGGAGAAGGACAAGAACUUGCUGGAGUCUGACCGUCAACACUUCCUCUGCUGCUACGGGCUCUACCUGCUCUACAAGAGGAAGACUGAGGGAGCAGCCGUCACUCAGCUGAAAGCAGCGUAUCAGAUACCAGCCAAGAGCGCUGACCGUGAGCGAGCAGGGAACAAGCUGAGGAUGAUAGCAGAAAGGUGGACCAAGCAGAAACCACGAGAGGCCCAGGAGAUACAGGCCUUCCUCACUGACCAAGACAAAAAGGAUGUGGAGAGAAUACAAGCAGAAAGGAAGGAGAGGGGGAAGCAGGAGAAGGAGAGGAAGAAGAGAGAGACGGCUGGAAUCAUUGAUGACCUGGCUAGUGCCUGUGAUACAGGCCUGAGAUUUGAAUGAUAAGAUGCUUUUUUCCCCAAAACAUAUCUAAUGUAUAACUGUUCUAUUUUUAAAGGCUGUCCUAUUACACAUCUGGUCAUGCAGUUUGUGCAGACAGUUCUUUGUUGAAGAUCCUUUAAUUAGUAACAUAAUUAUAUUUUAUUACUUAAAAUUGUAAACUACUUUCUUAUUGUGGCCUUAGAUGAUUGACAUCAACAUUGUAGCUUCAUCAGUCCAGUUACAUAUCCUAAUCUGUCUCUUGCAAAGGGUACUGAAUACAUAUUUGGGUGUAUGGAUUAAUAUAUCAUUAUCAAUGACAUUUACAUUUCACAUGUACUUUUAUAAUGAAUGAAUGGUAGCUUAGAAUGCAGUUUGUGAUUCUCUACUCUAAUGAAAAUCCAUGUAAUAAAACACUCU